UUUAGUCGGUAACAAAUUAUACGUCACUUAGUCAAUUGGUAUUAUAAUUAGGUAGACUAAAUGUAUCUUACUUCUUAUAUUUAUCAGCACUGUUUUAUAAAAAAAACUCUAGAGGAGAUGAAGUGGGAAUUGUCAGCUAAUUUUGACUCUUUCUUUCUCCCCUGCGUGCGCCGCUUAUUAUGGAGAUUAUUGUUUCUAGCUUUUGAAUGUCAGUUGUCGUAGCACCAUGAUCGUUUGCAGUCGUACGGUGGACGGUGUGCCGAAAACAUGAUUUAUAUAUGUUUUAUAGAAAAGAAAGUUUGAUUUUUAGAAAUUCGUUGAAUUUGUUUACAACACUUACAAAAAAAAAAAACCUGUUAAUAUCGAAAAUUCGGACCCCGCCGAUGUUUGGCGACGUUUCCAAGUUUUCUCUGGAAUCGGUCACUCUGCUGUAUUCGCUGUCCAUGUCGGUUUCGGCAUUUUUGCAAAACAACUUGCUCUUAAGAAAAGCCUGUAACCCUAUGGAACCUUUUGGUGAAUGCGUUAACAGCGAAACGACAGCCCAACACGUCGUUUCCAUCAUUCAUUCGUGGAAAACGUUAAUUCAGUACACCAUUCCCGUCGUUUUUAUAAUAUUGGCAGGGCCAUGGAGUGAUAGCCACGGCAAGCGAAGAAAACCGUUGAUAUGUCUACCGAUCGUCGGUCAGAUCCUGACUGACGCUUUUUGUAUUAUGAAUGCCUAUUUCUGGUCAUGGCCUCCGCAAGUCGCCGCAGUGUUCGAAGCAGUCACACCAGGGUUGUUCGGCUCCAGUUGCAUGUUUUGGGUUGGGUUGAUAUCCUACAUAUCUGACAACACAGCCGUGGAAUUGAGAACCGUGCGGUUUGGAAUGCUCAACGCGACAUACUACAUAAGCUCGCUGAUCGGCACGGGCAUAUCUGGCAUCUUAAACGUCAAGUUGGGGUUCUUCGGAGCGUUCGCAGUGUCCAUUGUGUUGAACUCUGUAGCUCUAGCCAUCGGUUAUUUUGCCGUCAAAGACACGUCGGUACCAUACGAGGAAAAUAAACUUUGGCAUAAGCCGCGAUAUCUCUUUCAGGGCUAUUUAUCUAUGUUCAAGGGCAAAGUGAAGCAUUACCCUAUAACGCUGCUAUUAUUACUGGUAUGCCAGUCAGUGUUAGUUGGACGGUUAUCGGGGGAGUACGCCGUAAUGUAUUGGUUUGUACGUUACCAAUUUGGAUGGCUGGAAGUGGAAUACAGCUAUUUUGCAGCCUAUAAAAUGAUAACCAUGCUUUCUGGUACGUUAUUUGCUGUGUAUGUGUUAAGCCACCAUUUGAAAAUAAACGAUAUAGUUAUUGGUAUUAUAGCUGGUACCUUUGACAUUUUUGCUGCGUUUGGCUACGUACUGGUUAAUCAACCCUGGCAAAUGUGUAUCAUCCCGUUAAUUGACUUGUACCAUGGAACUGCACUAACUAUUACUACUUCGUUGACUUCAAAAAUGGUGGAAAAAGAAGAAUUAGGUCGAAUGAACUCAGCCCAAGGCCUUAUCAACACCGUACUGUCGUUCGUUAUAGUAGCUUUGUACAGUGCUACGUACAAUUUUACUUUCGAAUAUUUAACCGGAGCAGUAUUCCUAUUAAACGUUAUUUUGACGGCGCCUAUUUUAGUCGUCUUACUAACUGUGUACUACAAAUGCAGACAUUUAUGGGCAUCUGAUAGUUAUAAUAUAGCUGUCAGGUGAUCUGUUAGGUCCUACACGACGUCAUGACCAUUGUUUAAUUUACUUGUAAAAUUUUAUAUUAUUUUACUUCUAAUAAAACUGUUUUAUAUG